AUGCCUAAUUCUUCGGCUUCGUUCCUAACAGCCGAAACCAUCCCAGCUUCGUCUGAACUGGUCCAUAGAUCUAUCCACAGGGAUUUACCAUGCGCAUUACCCUACUCCGACCGGAAUUCCCGUCGAUCCGACUCUGACUGGACCUGGAGUGAGACAGUCGCACGAACUUGCAUCACCAUUCAACCGACGGUAGAUGCACUGAGGGAAUUCGAGAUGAAGGAAAAUGUUGAUUUGCGUGUGAGAGUGGAGAAUGGGCUUGGGGAAUGGUUUGGAUACUCAUCUUUCUUCAAACACCCAUCGCCAGCAUUAAUUAAAGACCUGGACCCUCUAUUCCCUUCCCUUAUUGAUCCAUCGUAUACCGCGCACGUAUACCCCAACCCAAGCGGGGAGACAAUAGCACAACUUCACGACCGAGUUGCAACGGCCCUGGACGCCGUAAUAGCCGACGUAGACCGUGAAAUACAAGAGUACGAACGAACGCACCCGGAAAAGGCCCGGGAAAGUCAUGCGAUUAUUAUAUGUGGACAUGCCGCGCCAUUGAUAGCCAUGGGGCGGGCGCUGACGGGGAACAUGCCAGAGGAUUCGUCUACGGAUGACUUUAAAGUGUUCACAGCAGGGAUGAGUACGUUUAAGCGGCGUGCACUGGGAAGUAGGAGCAGUGAUGAAUCCAGCCUGACGUCUGGCAGGGUUGCGUCUAGCUGGCGUGGUGGUAAUGGUGUUGGAGGUGGUUGGGAUUGUGUUGUGAAUGGGGAAUGCAAAUACCUCAGCAACGGGGCUGAAAGGGGAUGGCACUUCCAUGGCGAAGAGGAUUUCAAUUCAAUGCCCUCAUCAGGAGUCGUGGAGGACUCCGGAUCAAGGGAUGAUAUUCCUAGAGCAGCUACUAAACUUUGA